GGUUUUAACAUCAAAACCAGACUCCAGUGUGAACUCUAUUGCUGCUGGUUCGUCUGUAAAACGUAACAGUUCGUAACACAGUUCUAUAAAACUAGUUAGACCACAUCUGAAGUAUUUCAUACAGUUCUGGUCGCCCCCAUUCUCACAAGGAUGUCGGGGCUUUGGAGGAGGCGCAGAAGCGGGUUACCAGGAUAUUGCCUGGAUUAGAGGGCAUGAGCUGUAACGAGAGGUUGCACAAACUUGUGUUAACUCCAGAGCGGCGCAUACUGGGGUGAGACUGGAUGGACAUUUAUAAGAUUACGAGAGGAAUAAAUAGAGUGGACAGACGAUAUAUUUUUCCUGGGGGUGAAGUGUCUAAUACAUCUAGAGUGAGAGGAGAUGUGAGUGGCAAGUUUGCUUCUUUCCAAAGAGUAAUGGAUAGCUGGAGUCACUGCCCCGGGGGUGGGGAGAGGCUAGAGAGCGAGAGCGAGAGCGAGGAGGAGACACGUGAUCACAUUUGCCCCUCCCAUUUAACCAUAGAUGAGCAGCAAAUCUGCGUCGCUUCCGAGGCCCCGCCCUCCGGAUGAUGCGCCAAUAUCUUUGCGCAUGCUCACAGUCUCCAGGCAGGUUGCGUUCUGCCGAUUCGGGAUCACUGUCUGCGGGGUGAAGAAUCGUCAGACCUGCGGUGAGUGAUUUAUUGGAAUAAAAACCCCAACUGGAAGCAAACCACGACUGAAGAUGAGGGAACAUCAACAAGUGAACCAGCCCGAGGACUGAGAGCAUCAACUGAAGAGAAUCCAUCUGACUCGGAGAUUCCAGUGAUUCAGUCAGGAGAAAGUUUGGUUAAAAAUGACAAGAAAUUUGCCUAUGGGAAUCUCAAAACACCAGUUUUGCUGUCAAUGCCCAGAUACUUAAGAAGUGGAACAAGGGAUUCACUCAGUCAUCACAACUGAAGGUACAUCAGAGAAUUCACACUGACGAGAGGCCAUUCACCUGGUUCACUCAAUCAUCUGACUGACUGGCACGCCCAUCAUUUUACAAAGGGUGAACCCCUUCAUCUGCUUUGACAGUGGGACUGGAUUCAGUUGGUCAUUUCAACUGAAGGUACAUCAGCCAGUUCACACUGGACAAGUCCAUUCAUCUGUUCUGUUUGUGAGAAGGGAUUCAGUUGAUCUUCCCACUUGUGGACACACCAGUCAAUUCACACUGGGCACAGGCUGAUCAUCUGCUGAUUUUGUGCGGGAGGAUUCACUCGAUCAUCUGACCAAAUGGCUCACCAGCGAGUUGACACCGGGGAGUGGCCGUUCACCUGCUCGGACUGUGGGAAGGGAUUCACUUGCUCAUCUAAGCUGAAGUUACAUCAGCGAGUUCACACUGGAGAGAGGCCAUUUACCUGCUCAGAGUGUGGGAAGCGAUUCACUCAGUCAUCUCACCUGCAGAGACACCAGUCAGUUCACACUGGGGAGAGGCCGUUCACCUGCUCAGACUGUGGGAAGGGAUUCACUUGCUCAUCUGAACUGAAGCUACAUCAGAAAUUUCACUCGGGGGAGAGGCCAUUCACCUGCUCAGUCUGUGGGAAGGGAUUCACUUUGUCAUCUCAGCUACUAAGACACCAGUCAGUUCACACUGGAGAGAGGCCAUUUAUCUGCUCAGACUGUGGGAAGGGAUUCACUGAAUUAUCCUCCCUCCAGAGACACCAGUCAGUUCACACUGGGAAGUGGCGAUUCAGCUGUUCAGACUGUGGGAAGGGAUUCAAUCGGUCAUCUCACCUUCAGACACACCAGUCAGCCCACACAGGGCAAUGGCCGUUCACCUGCACAGACUGUGGGAAGGGAUUCAAUCGGUCAUCUCACCUACUGAGACACCAGUCAGCCCACACAGGGAAAUGGCCGUUCACCUGCUCAGACUGUGGGAAGGGAUUCAUUUGGUCAUCCACCUUAAAGGCACAUCAGCGAGUUCACACCAGGGAGAGGACAUUCACCUGCUCAGAGUGUGGGAAGGGAUUCAUUCGGUCAUCGACCCUAAAGGUACAUCAGCGAGUUCACACUGGGGAGAGACUGUUUACCUGCUCAGACUGUGGGAAGGGAUUCAUUCGGUCAUCCGACCUACUUGCACACCAGUCAGUUCACACUGGAGAGAGUCCGUUCACUUGCUCAGACUGUGGGAAGGGAUUCACUCGCUCAUCUGAACUGAAGGCACACCAGUCAGUUCACACUGGAGAGAGGCCGUUCACCUGCUCCGACUGUGGAAAGGGAUUCACUCGGUCAACACAACUGAAGGUACAUCAGAAAAUUCACACUGAUGAGAGGCCAUUCAUCUGCUCAGACUGUGGGAAGGCAUUCACUCGGUCAUCUGACCUAAUUGCACACCAGUCAGUUCAUACUGGAGAGUGGCCGUUCACCUGCUCAGACUGUGGGAAAGGAUUCGCUCAGUCAUCCACACAUAAGGCACACCAGCGAGUUCACACUGGGAAGCGGCCGUUCACCUGCUCGGACUGUGGGAAGGGAUUCACUUGCUCAUCCCAACUGAAGGUACAUCAGCGAGUUCACACUGGGGAGAGACCAUUCACCUGCUCGGACUGUGGGAAGGGAUUCACUUGCUCAUCCCAACUGAAGGUACAUCAGCGAGUUCACACUGGAGAGAGGCCAUUCACCUGCUCGGACUGUGGGAAGCGAUUCACUUGCUCAUCCCAUCUGAAGGUACAUCAGAGAGUUCACACUGGGGAAAGGCCGUUCACCUGCUCAGAGUGCGGCAAAGGAUUCACUGGAUCAUCCCAACUACAGAGACACCAUCAAGUUCACACUGGGGAGAAGCGGUUUACCUGUUCAGACUGUGGGAAGCGAUUCAGUCGGUCAUCUCACCUACAGACACACCAGUCAGCCCACACAGGGAAAUGGCCGUUCACCUGCUCAGACUGUGGGAAGGGAUUCACUCACUCAUCUCAACUGAAGGCACAUCAGCCAGUUCACACUGGGGAGAGGCCAUUCACCUGCUCAGACUGUGGGAAAGGAUUCACUCAGUCAUCCCACCUACGGAGACACCAGCGACUUCACACUGGGGAGAAGCCGUUCACCUGCUCAGAGUGUGGGAAAGGAUUCACUCGGUCAUCCGAACUACUUGCACACCAGUCAGUUCAUACUGGGCAGAGGCCAUUCACUUGCUCUGUGUGUGGAAAGGGAUUCACUCGGUCAUCCAAUCUACUGAAACACCAGCGAGUUCACACUAGGUAGAGACCGAUUUCCUGCUCAGACUUCAGGAAGAGAUUCUCUCAGCCAAUUCAACCAAAUGUGCAUCAUUGAGUUCACACUGUGGAGAGGCUGUUCACCUGCUGUGAAUGUGGGAAGGGAUUCACUCAGUAAUCUAACCUUGUGACAUAAUACUGUGUUCACACUGGGAAGAAAGUUUCAAUAAGCUGAAUGCUAGAUAUUUGUCCAUCACCGUUGCUGAAUGUAAUUUCGCGAGUGACUGUCGGUGCUGAACUCUGCAAUUUUUGCUGCUGCUCCUCACAACCAGCCCUGGUCACUGGGCAUGGGAGGGGUUUCUUCUGCUGCACAUUCACCUUUAACGUGACUGGAGUUUAAUAUUCUGGAUCUGACAAAUAAAUCAGUUGUAUUUUAAACUCUGUCUCUGGUACUUAGUGAAUGUAUAACACAACUAGUGUACAGUAGACAGUCUACUCAGGCUGGCUGGAUCCUGUAAGUGAUUCAGUUCCUCAACAGGCCUUUUAAAUCCUCCCCUGUUGUUCACUGUUUGCUCUCCUGUGAGAUGUUUUUCAAACAGUCACCACACUUUGGGUGAAGAGGUUUCCCUUGAAUUUUCUGCAGACUGAAGCAGUCGAGCUGUCUGCAGUUCUGCCUGAGGUGUUCUUUGCCCCUCAAAUCUCUGCACUGUGGAGGAAUGGCAUUGGGAUUUAACCUCCUUAUUCACGGCUCAUUUCCACAUUAGGAGUCAUUUUGCCUGCUUCUAAAGGGUUGCUGGAAAACACCACUGUCCUCCAAAGACUGAAAGCAGAAUGGGAAACCAUCAGUUGGAUGUUCAACAGAACAGAGUCAGAAACCAGAGGCGGGUCUGCACAAGGCAGAGUUUGGGGCCCUGGAUGAUGGUCAAGGUGGAAGAAAUGUUCCAGCCCAUGAAGUCUGUCUUUGUAGUUCAGGCCUUUCAACAACAUCCUUGUGAAUCUUCUUACCAGUUGGCACUAGUAAUAUUUUAUUAAGUCCUUCAAAGAAUUAUUUUCCGUGCCCGGCUAAACAAAGGCAGAUAUCCUAUUGAGAGUCCUCAUUGCAUGUACCUGUUUCUGCACCUUCAGGGAUAUCUGUGCCCCUACAUCAAUGCUUGAACUUCUGGAAGCGAUUCAGCAGGCAGCAACAAUGCAAAGAAACUCAAUAUAACCCAUUAACAAAGCAAAUCGUCAAACGCGAAAACAAGGAUAUUGUGCUGACAAAGAAAGGUGACUACCUGUCGAUAGCUCCUCUCCAUCAUCACCUGACCAGACGAAGGUCAUCGAGCUGCGGGUCCAGUUCCCUAACGCGGUGUCUAAGGAGCUGCAGCUCGACGCACCUGGGGCCGUCCGGGAGGCAGGGAGGCUCUGGGACCUCCCACAUCUAACACCGAGCACAGAAAACCGGCCUACACACAUACUCUCUGAGUUUAUUUUAAGCAGGCAUACAGUAAAUACAAAGAAACGCAAUGGAAUCGAUGAAAAACAGCUCACAACAAAGGCGGACAAAACGCCAAAGCACAAAACACAACAAUAGCAAUGAAUUGUACAAAUAAAAAAACAUACAUAACAAUAAAUACGAAAUAAAUGUCCAU